CUGAGGUUUCUAUUUCCCAUGUGGAUAGUCCAGCUCAUUUCUUUGUUCAUUACAAGCACACGUGGGAUUCACUUGAUGCUCUGAGUGCCGAGUUAAAUGAAUUUUUUCAGAAUCCCUCCAAUGGAAAGGAUCCUUUACCUUCACUUAAACAAGGAAUGUUUUGCUGCGCUCAAUUCACGGAGGAUGAUGCAUGGUAUCGAGCAAGAAUUACAGAAAUGAAAACUCAAGGAGAUACCCCUCAGGCCCAUGUUAUUUAUGUGGACUUUGGUAACAAUGAAAUAUUACCAGUAUCAAGACUUCGCAUGCUGAGGAGAGAACAUGCAGAACUGCCAAUGAUCGCUGUGUUAUGUGCACUGGAUGGAGCUCUCCCUACUGGUGGGGGAAAAAACUGGAGCAUGGCCUCAAUAGAGAGAUUUCAGGAGCUUUGUUCUGCAUCUGAAGUUUUGCAUAUGAGAGUUGUCAGAGGGGAAGGCCACCAUUUGUAUGUUGACCUCAUGGAUUCAAAGGGGAACAGUGUUGCUGAUACUUUGGCAAAAGAAGGCUGUGCAUUGUUGCAAAGGGAUACAGACAGUUCAUCAACCUCAUCAUCAACAAAAAGCUCAGUGUCUACCUCAUCUGUAACUCCAUCUUCUUCAACAGAUUCAUUUGUGUCAGUGACAACAACAACAUCCUCAGAGUCAUCAUCAGGUCAAACUAGCGCAGUGUCCACUUCAGACAGUGCCAGGGGUAGAAAAGAAGGUGGAGAUUCUGAGGAAAGAAAACCAAUUGCUCUUGCAAGGCCUUUUCUGAGACAUAGACUCUCGUCAAAAGAUGAUGAGUCACAAAAAAUUCCUGAGAGGGUACAAAUCCCUGAUGAGGAUUUUUUGGAUGUGUUUGUUUGUAAUGUACACAGCACAGACAACAUUUGCGUCAAUCUAUCAGGGGGAGAAUACACAGAGAAACUACUUGCUUUGGAACAGAGUAUGUCAUGCCACUAUGACGAUUCAACAGCUGAAGCACCAGUUAAAGCCAUCCCUGGAAGCAUAUAUGCAGUAUAUUCACAGGAUAUCCAUUCAGAUGGUCUUUGGUAUAGGGUCAAGGUUCUUAAAGUAAAGGGAGACAAGGCUCAUAUUGAAUACAUGGACUACGGGGACAAAGGAGUGAUACCAAUAUCUAGCUUACGAAGUAUUCCUUCCAGAUUUUUGGAAUUACCCUUCCAGGCUUGCACUGUUAGCCUCCAUGGACUGCCUAAAACAAAGAAUGAUGAAGUUCUGUUGAAAGUGAAACACAUGACACUCAACAAAGAUAUUGUGGCCCAAGUUAUACAAAGGGAUGGAAAUACAGCAUCAGUAGAAUUAUAUGACACUUCUUCCGAAGUUGAUAUCAACAUCAAUGCAAUGUUACAGCGGUUGGUCAUUCCAGAUGUGGAUAUGGCUCCAGUCCUUCCCAAGGUUGGUGAGCAAAUUGAAGCACUUGUGACUUACGUUACACCAGAGGGUCAUGUGUUCAUACAGAUUCCUGGGGGGGGCACUACAAGGUUGAAUGAACUUAUGGAAGACAUUGCUGAACAUUACUCACAGCCAACAAAGGCUGCUGAGUUUGUAUCCAGUCCCCACAAAAACAAAAUGUGCUGUGCGAAAUGUUCAGAUGGGGUCUGGUACAGAGCCAUAGUGACAAAUGUAUUGCCAGACAGACAGGUCGAAGUACAGUAUGUCGACUUUGGAAACAUAGAAGCACUUCCACUAGCAAGUCUGCGUGAACCAACAAGAGCCAUAAGUCAUGUCAACUCUCUUCCUUUCCAGGCGUUAGAAUGCAAGCUGGAAGGAACUGACAAGGGCCUGACAGAGGAACAGGCUGAGACGAUCAUUGAGAGGGAUGUAUUACUUGAGGUUGUUCAGAUGGCAGACGUUCCUUUGGUGAGGCUUUUUAUUUCUUCUGAGAAUGAGGAAGAUGCCUUAGUAAACGUGGGAGAGGUGUUGGGAUUAGAGACAGAAGAACGGAAAGAAACACACGAUGAAGCAGCUGCUGCUGGAAUUCACAGCACUGCUUUGGAAUAUAAUGAUGAUGACAAAGACAGCGUGACGUCAGAGAGCUCCACAGAGGCCUGUAGGCCAGUAGAUGAUGGCAACAUGACCACAGCACUCCUCUUCAAACCGUGGGUGGACAUUUGUAUACUGGAGGCUAUUGACCCCAGCACGUUUGUGUUUCAGUGUUUGGAGCUCCUACAACAGAAGGAGGAGCUUGAAGAGAAAAUGCAGAAAUACUACACAGGUAGAAGCCGAACUCCUUUCAGAGAUAUCAGGCCAGGUGUUUUCUGUGCAGUUUAUCAUGUCGAGGAUGACAUGUGGUACAGAGCAGUGGUCAAUACUUCAUUCUCCCCCCAACAGACUUGCGUACGUUUUGCUGAUUAUGGAGACUUUGGUCUGGUGUCAUUCACCAAUUUACAAGCUUUACCAGACGAGUUCAGAGAGCUUCCGCCCAUGGCUAUUCAAGGUUGCCUACACGGGGUGGAGCCAGUAGGAGAGGACUUAGCACGUUGGUCACAGGAGGCCAUCGACCUGUUUGGAGAAUUGACCGCUGACAAGAAGUUAGUAGCUAAACCAAGAGGCCUGGUGGCUAAUCGUAGCCGGUUGACAAACGAAGAAACUAAAGUGUCACUCGAGCUUUAUGACACCUCAGAAGGAAACGAAGACGUGCUUAUUGCCGAUGUCUUGGUUAAUAAGAGCUUGGCGAAGAAAAUUAACGAAGGCUAAGUUGGAAAUGAUAUAAAAUACUGUAUGCCUUGAAGGAAGCAUCGUCAUCGGCUGUGUACUUGUCAAGGCGUUUGAGAAAAACAGGCAAAUUCUUUGCGGUAGGAAAAAAAAUUCCUAUUAAGUACGAGUUCAAUAAGGUUGCUUGCUCGGUGAUGUUGUUACCUCGUAGUUGCCAUUGCAGUCGUUAUUUUCGUUGUCACGCAGCAAUGGUAUGCGUGACAAGCUAUUGUGCGCGUCAGAUUAGCGGAAACAACCGGAGCAGGAUUUUAAGACGAAGCAACGUUUACUUACGUCGGGUAAACAAGUACUGAGGUAUUGAAGAUUGAGCCAAGCUGCUCAAAGCAGCUCUAAAAGAGGUGUUAUGCUCCAGAAUUUCUUUUGCUUUUUUUUAGUUUUUUUUCCAGUUACAGUUAGGGAAAGGAUCGCUAGUGUUGAUUUAAUUAAAACCCUUAACUCCAAGAAGUGAUCAACACGUAACUUCUCUCCAUAGUGUCCUAAUGUCGUCUAGAAAAUAGGUAAUGAGAAUCCUCAAACUUAUCAGGUUGUAGUUUUCUUCGAUCUAACACCGAACUCUCUUAAAUGAUUUACAAGGAAAUGUGUUGCUGCUAGAGGGGAGAGUUGACGAUUAGAUCUUUGGAAUUGAAGGAUUGAUUAUUUACGGUUUUUUUUAGUCGCUAUUUCUUAAAAUUACCUGCUUUACGCCAGCUGUUGCAAUGAUCAAUAGAUAUUCAACCCAGCUGUGUUAAAGUCGAAUGAAUAAAGUGGGUAAGUUUCUAAGGAAACCGUGAUGCUGCGUCGGUAGGAGAGUAUAACAGGGUAAUUUAGUAUUAUCAACUGAGUUAGUAACAUUUUGGCCACCGUAAAGUGUUUCAUAGCUGGCGUUUCGAGCAUUCGCCCUUCAACAGAGCGCACAACGCCUCUCCCCUUUCGCUCUGACGAAGAGCUAACGCGCGAAACAUCAGCUUUGAAACUCUUUUCGGUGGCCAAUCUACGUUUUCAACUCAGUUGAUAAUACUAAAUUACCCUGUGUAAAACUCUAGCUUACCUGAGCUCCUCUGUACGCUACCAAACAAGUCCUCUGAGCGCCGUCUUAGCCAGAGUCACGUGCUGCGCGCCUGUGACACGACUCACAAGGAAUCGCGCCUCACGUGCGUUGCUCUUCAAAAUGCUUACCUCACAAGAAGUCUGUUAAGCGGCUGUCUGAUUUUUCACCAGGCACUAGAAUAUUGGAAUAUUAUUGAUUUGUGAAAGCAUUCUAGUUAGCUUAUUACGUCAAGUCCUAGCUUUUAAUUGUUGUUAUAAAAAGGAGUGUAAAUUUACAAUGUGUUGAGAUUUACUUGUAAAAUCUACUUUGAAAGAAUAAAAGUAUUUUAGUGUUAAAUCUGUCACGAGAUACUCAACAAGAACCAUAUUUUGCUGUGCUGCAAGGUAUCUUUGCUUUCAUUGCAUGCAAAGAAAUUAGUUUUAAUUCGAAAAAUUUGUAUUU